AUGCAGAAGCAGCAUAAUCAAAAUUCUCAAAUGCCCUCUGGCGAAUCGGAAUCUCCGUUUUGUGUUCUAUGGAUGGCUCCUUUUCUUUCAGGAGGUGGGUAUAGCUCAGAAGCUUGGUCUUAUAUAUUAGCUUUAAGCAAUUACCUGAAAUCCCAUAAGAAUUCACGAUUUAGGUUGAGCAUUGAACAACAUGGGGAUCAAGAAAAUCUAGAAUUCUGGGAGGGUUUGCCAUUGAAAAUGAGAAAUUUGGCUAUUGAGCUUUACCAAUCUGAAUGCAGAUUGAAUCAGACGGUCGUGGUUUGUCACAGUGAGCCUGGUGCUUGGUAUCCUCCCCUUUUUGAUACUCUGCCGUGCCCACCAAUGGGCUAUGGUCAUUCUAAGGUUGUCAUUGGGAGGACCAUGUUUGAGACUGAUAGAGUGAACUCCGAGCACGUGGGGCGAUGUAAUGGGAUGGAUUUUGUUUGGGUUCCUACUGAGUUCCAUGUUAAUGCUUUUACGCGAAGUGGGGUCGAUCCAUUGAAGGUCAAGAAAAUUGUUCAGUCUGUUGAUUUGGAGUUUUUUGAUCCAUCCAAGUACAAGCCAUUGGACUUGUCCUCCAUAGGGACUCUGGUACUUGGAUCAGAUUUGACAGGAUUAAAAUUGGAAGAAAGGUUUGUUUUCUUGAGUGUGUUUAAAUGGGAGCAUAGGAAGGGAUGGGAUGUGUUAUUGAAGUCUUAUCUGAUGGAAUUUUCUGGAGUUGAUAAUGUUGCAUUGUAUUUGUUGACGAACCCUUAUCACUCAGAUAAAGAUUUUGGUAACAAAAUUAUUGAGUACGUGGAGGGCUCGGAUUUGGAGAAACCAACUAAUGGCUGGGCUCGUGUUUAUGUUAUAGAUGAACAUAUAGCACAGGUUGAUCUGCCUCGACUGUAUAAAGCAGCUGAUGCUUUUGUUCUUCCAUCUAGAGGGGAAGGAUGGGGUCGGCCCCUGGUUGAGGCAAUGGCAAUGUCAUUGCCAGUGAUUGCUACUAACUGGUCAGGGCCAACUGAGUAUUUGACCGAUGAGAAUAGCUAUCCUUUGCCUGUUGAUAGAAUGAGUGAAGUGAAAGAAGGACCAUUUAAGGGGCAUUUAUGGGCCGAACCCUCUGUUGAUAAGUUGCAACUUCUGAUGAGGCAUGCAAUGAGCAAUCCUGAGGAAGCUAAGGCUAGGGGAAGGCAGGCAAGGAACGACAUGAGCAGAAGGUUUUCUCCCGAGAUUGUUGCUCGGAUUGUUCUUGACCAUUUACAAGAAAUUAUCAAUAAUAUUGAUUGA